AUGACACGCCGGCUAGUCUUUCUCAUUUUUGCCGUGAUCCUCCGCGUCUUCUGUUUGUCUUCUUACAGUCUGAUAUCGACAUACUAUCCGCAGCACAUCAAACAGCCGCCCUACAACCAGCACCACCCGUCGGAGUUCACAGGAUACGUGAUAGCCUCGUUCUCUGUGACCUACUUGCUGGGUUCCAUCGUUAUUGGAUACUUUUCGCUCAAGUUCUACGGUAGUAAGUUCUGUUUAGUAACCGGACUGUUUCUAGUCGGUGGAGCGUGGAUAUUGUUUGCCGCAUUGGAUUAUGUGACCGAGUGGAGAUAUUUCUUUGCUUUGUCUCUUGCUCUCAGACUAGCCAUUGGUCUAGGCACAGCUUCAGCAGACGUCUCAUCUUUCUCUCUAGUGAUAUCUUCCUAUCCUGACAAAGUUGGAUUUGUGUCAUCACUAAUGGAAUUGUCAUGGUCUCUUGGUAAUCUAAUUGGGCCACCUUUGGGAGGCUUUCUCUAUGACUGGAAGGGAUUUAUGAUGCCAGCAGGCACAUUAGGAAUAUGUCUUUUGCUUCUCACGUUUAUUGCUAUGUUCAUGCCAACUACUGAGAGCUUGGAGCCAUUGUACACGUCAGAAAAUCAUAUUCCGACUAAACAGUAUAUCGGACUAGUUUGUAGUGUAUGGGCAAUGCUCACAUGUGCUUCAGCCUAUCUAAUAACACUCAGUCUUUCAUUUCCACAAGCAACCUUGUCUGAUUUCUUACACACCAAGUUUGAUUUCUCACCCAGACAAGUGGCAUUUGUUUUUCUCGCGAGUGGAGUUGCCAAUGUUAUAGUAUUACCUGUUGUGGGUCGACUGUGUGAUGUGAUAAAUCCGAGAUGGUUUGUACCGAGUGGAAUUAUUACGGCGGGUGCUGGUGGAUUCUUUCUCAUGUCGUUUGGACACUCCAUUGUCUUGCAAGUUCUUGCACAAGUGUUCAUAGGGAUAGCAACUGCAUUAUCAUUUGGUUCUUGCUACACAGAUCUAUACAAAGAAUUCUGUAGAAAACUACAAAUAGAGAAACUUGAUGAAACUGCAAGUGGAAAGGUCUACUCUGUUUUCAACAUUUUUGCCAAUCUUGGUGAAAUUACUGGUUCUGCUUCGGGUGGAGCGACUGCAGAUCUUCUGGGUUUUACCAAGACUGCCCUGAUAUGGGGUAUCAUUAUAACAUCAUUCGGAGGUGUCUAUUUGUUGUUAUUUAUAAUUUCAAGACUAUGUCAUAGAUGCAAGGCCCGUCCUUUGUGGGGGCAGUGUAGCGUUGAGACAGAAGACUAGCUCAGUCUGAGCAUCAGAUUGGAAGCAAAGAUGUCAGGCUUAUUGUAUCAUUGUAGUAUCCUUUAAUAAGCAGGAUGCAGUCAGACUAAAGAAGCUAAGCUAAGACAGGUACAAGUACGAAAAGUGUUGUUGUUGUUGUUGUUGUUGUUGUUGUUGUUGUUGUUAUCAAACUCAAUACAAUGCUGGUCAGAGUACAGAUUGUCUUAUUCAAGCUUAUUAACUAACAAGAUCAACUGGAUAGCACGGGAGACACCGAGUAGGUGUCCGAUCUCAUUGUAGCUCUGUAACGUCAUCGGAAGGAUCUACUGUGAGGUUCACAGAAUUGACCUAUUUCCAGAUAUGGGUACUGUUCUUACGUAGUAACCAUAUUUUGUGGUAGCUGGUGUGCCCAGCAGUCGUCCAAGUCUAUGUUGGCACGCUCUUUGAGUUCUUUAGUGGCAAUGACUUGCUUGCUCGUUGCUGUGGAGCUAUUUUGUAAAACAAGAAAUGACAUAGUUUGAAUUGCACCAAGUGCCGUUGCACAAGAUCAGCUAUCCUAACACCCAACAAGACACUACCUGUAAUGUUUGAAGCCUUGAAUAGAAUGGUCUACCUAAUUUGGCCCCAGGAAUGUCAAGCAAAGCGAACUUGGCAUACAAUAUCAACAAAGACUAUAACGCUCACUAGGUAUUAGUUAGCCUCAUACCAGACCCUCUUGCGCCGUCGUGCCCAGUUCCUGUAUAGCACGACAAUGCCGGAAGACUAGUAUUGGUCAGCAUAUCGCUUGGCAACUAGAAUAUGACUAUAAUUGCCGCUCACUAUGAUUAUUAUGAUUAUUAUUAUUAUUAUUAUAACAAUAUAUAUUUACUGAAUGAA